UAUCUGAAAUCUGAGUUACAGAACACUUUUUAAGUGACAUCCUCAUCUCAUCUCGUGUUGUGUGUCUGUGAAAAACCAAAGUACCAAACAACUUAGGUUUGCUUGUCGUGUUUCUCGGGUUUCCUAUCACGCCUCGAAAGGGAAGAAUCAUGAUUUGUAAUUCUGGUUGAAGGCUGUGAGAGCUAUGGGAGGGGAGGUUGAACAAUCAUUCAGCAUGGAGUUUCAGGUAGAUUCUAUACAUUCUGGUUCAAUCUCGUUUGGGAGAUUUGAAAAUGAACCUUUAUCAUGGGAAAGAAGGUCCUCUUUCUCUCGUAAUAGGUACCUGGAGGAGGUUGAGAAAUGUUCAAAACCUGGUUCAGUUAUUCAGAAGAAAGCAUAUUUUGAAGCACAUUUCAAGAAGAAAGGGAUUUUUGGUAUUAUUCCAUCCACAAUUCACGAUGGAUUAUCAUAUAGAGCAGCCGGUGAAAGUGAUGGCUCUGAGGGAAUUGGUAAACAAGAGGAUUUUGAGUCUAAUAAUGACCACUACGUCCCAUUUGACGAAAUGUCCCAGAAGGAAUUUGAGUUAGAAGAAGGUGACAAUUAUGUUGAAAUGGAUCCAAGAUCCCAAGAAGAUGUCAUCCCAAUUGAAGAAAACCAUUAUAUUCAAUUUCGUGGAAUUCCUGAUGGUUCAAAUUAUCAUGGAGAAUGUGAUGUGAACGAAUAUGAAGAAGAAGAGACCAUCGAAGAAUAUCCAAUGCUUUCAUUUUCAAGUCUCGAGAUGGAAUCUGUCAUAAAUAAUUCUAAUCAUUUCGAAGAUGCCAGUGAGAACAAUAGUACUUUGAAUGAAGCUCAUCGAUCUGAAAAUGAAACAAGUAACAUACUCUUAGCUAAUGACGAGGCGGUUAUGGAAGUGGAAAAGGAUGAUGAUGUUACUGUAAAUACUGGUGAAUCAUCAAUAAGCACUGUGAAUCCACCAGCACAGUGUGUUGAGGAAACAAUUAUGAAUGAUCUUGCAAAACCUUCUCCUGAGGAAACAAAGCUCAAGACUCAACAGAAUUCUGAAAUGAACAAUGUUGGAGUUCAGGGAAGCACGGUUACUUCAGCUAAGGAUCCUGCUAGGCAUCCGAGUAGAGAGAGUCAAAGGAGAACAAAUAUAGAAAAGAAUUUACCAAAACUUACAACUCCAACUAGCAAAACUUCCAAAGAAGUUUCCAAAAGAGAAGAGAAACAAAUUCGUGAAAGCAAAAGGUUGAACCAAGCUUUUGAUUCUAUGAAGUCCAAUGUUAAGCCUAAGGCUGCAACUUUUAACUUUAAAUGUAGUGAGCGAGCAGAAAGGAGGAAAGAGUUCUACAUGAAGUUGGAAGAAAAAUUGCAUGCAAAGGAAGCAGAGAUUACUCAGAUGCAAGCAAUAUCACAGGAAAAGACAGAAACUGACAUUAAAAAACUCCGAAAGAGCCUCAACUUUAAAGCAACACCAAUGCCUUCAUUCUAUCGGACAACUCUCUCUUCACAACCACAUGGCAAUAAGUCUCACAACCAGGUUGUGUCAAAUAACACCAGAAGUAAGAAAGAACAGAAUAAACCAAAAUGUUCAACGAGUGGAUCAGAUGCAACAGUUCCUCCGAAAUCAAAGGUGGGAAACAAUCUGGAUACUGGUGAAUCGAUAACAGUAAGAGAACCACAUGAUAUCUCGAUCAAAGAGUGUGCCAAAAGUAAAGUAUCUGAAUCUAGUUUGAUUUCUCCUGCUGCAUCAACCAACCAUAGACACGUUCCUAAUUCUAUGACAAGUAAUCAUGCUUCUGGAAAGAAAGAAGGAGCAAAGGUUUCUUCACAAAAACAGAAGGUAUCAAAUAGUUGUAAAGGAGCAAAACAACAAAACAACGAAAGAAAUAAAAAUGGUGAAACCACAAAACACAGAAAUGAUAUAAUGAGAAAAGGUGUGAAGAAUGUUGGCUUCAGAAACAUUUCCAGAAGUGGUAAUCUUAUUGUACAUGUUUCCUAUUAAAAAGUUUACCACUUACACUUUAUAACUUGAGACAUUUCAGGCUCCAGCAUAAAACGAAAGCCGAAUGAUUACCACUUCAUACGAAUCAAUUAAGGCAUAUUGCACAUUGAGUUAGUAACAUUUCUUGUGUUUUAUUCAUGGUAUAUUUGAGACAAGUUAUAGAACAAUAUGGUCCAUGUUACUACUUCUCUAAGUUUGGUAGAAGUAAUGUAUAAAAUAAACAUGGAAAGUUACCCAAUAACUAGUAGUGGGCAUGUUUUUACUGGAUUUGGA